AUGGCGGAGUCAGAAUGGUCUCCUAGCUCUUGGGCCUCGAAACCCAUCAAGCAGGAUGUCAUUUAUGACGAUGCGGCGGGCGUACAAGCCGCACUGGCGAAGCUGCAGAAACUCCCGCCGUUGGUCACGACUCAGGAGGUGAAUGACUUAAAGAAGAGCUUGAAGAAUGUUGCAUUGGGAAAGGCCUUUGUACUCCAGGGUGGCGACUGCGCGGAGCUGUUCGAUUACUGCAAUAUGGACAUGAUUGAAGCCAAGGUGAAGCUGCUUCUUCAGAUGAGUUUGGUUUUGAUUUGGGGAGCAAACAAGCCUGUCGUUCGUAUCGCCCGAAUUGCAGGCCAAUUCGCCAAACCCCGCUCCAGCCCAAUGGAAACCAUCGACGGCGUCGAAAUGCCCUCCUUCCGCGGCGACAACAUCAACGGCUUCGACGCCACCCCCGAAUCCCGCAAACCAGACCCGUCCCGGCUGGUCUCAGCCUACUUCCACUCCGCCGCGACACUCAACUACAUGCGCGCCUCCCUCUCCUCAGGUCUCGCCGACCUGCACUCCCCUCUAGACUGGGGUCUUGGGCACGUCAUCACCCCCUCCAUCCGGGAGAAAUACACCAAAAUCGUCAAUCGCGUCAAAGACGCCUUACGAUUCAUGCAAACCGUCGGCAUCGACACCGACCGCGGCGUCGAGACCGUCGACAUCUACACCAGCCACGAAGGCCUCCUCCUCGAAUACGAACAAAGCCUCCUCCGACACCUCAAGAACCCCGACCCUCCUACCACCUCCACACAGCCCCCCAAAUCCUACUACGCCACCUCCUCCCACUUCCUCUGGAUCGGCGACCGCACCCGCCAAAUCAACGGCGCACACGUCGAAUUCUUCCGAGGCAUCGCCAACCCCAUCGGCAUCAAAAUCGGCCCUAGCAUGACUCCUGCCGAACUCACCUCCCUCCUGGACAUCGUCAACCCAACUCGCGAAAUCGGCAAAGUCACCCUCAUCUCGCGCUACGGCGCAGCAAAGAUCUCACAGUACCUGCCCGCCCAUAUCGCCGCCGUACAAGCCUCGGGACACAUCCCCGUCUGGCAAUGCGAUCCCAUGCACGGUAACACGCAGGCCACGCCGUCCGGGGUGAAGACGCGGCAUUUCAGCGAUAUCUUGUCCGAGCUGAAGCAGGCAUUGGAGAUACAUCGCGCGGCGGGAUCAUUCCUGGGCGGAAUGCAUUUGGAGCUGACGGGCGAGGCAGUGACGGAGUGUGUGGGUGGUGCUGGGGGCUUGACGGAGGAGGGUUUGAGUGAGCGGUACACGACGUUUUGUGAUCCCAGGUUGAACGAGAAGCAGGCGUUGGAGUUGGCGUUCUUGGUGGCGGGGUUUUAUAGGGAGUUGGAUGAGGAGUUGGCGGAGGAUGAGUCUAUAUAG